AUGACAGCAGCUGAAAACAAACAAAAACAGAGGAGUAGAUUCCGGAAACAUUAUCAGCAUUGGUAUCAUGGUUUGAUUCAAGAAGCAACACACGAAGCUGAGAAAGUAGUGAAUGAGGCUCAAUCUGGUGGGGCAAAAGCAGCUGUAAAUUAUGUAGCUACAAAAUCUAAACAAAUUGUGCUAACUAGUUUAGUAAAAAUAUGGUCAGGUCUCAACCACUAUCCACCAUUCCAUGCAGUGGCAGAGAUGGCAGUUCCAACAACUGCACGUUGGUCAGAAAAGUAUAACCAUGUUGUUAAGGACAUUACUAGAAAGGGAUACACAGUGUUUGGAUAUUUGCCUUUGAUUCCUAUUGAUGAAAUAGCCAAGGCAUUUAAACAAGGGGAAGUUAAUGUGAGUGCAGAUCAUGAAACAUCUUCUGGUGAAGAUUUUUCUGAUUGA